UUCCCCGGCAGCAAUGGCGCGGGCCCUGCUGGCCCUGGGCGACAACCUGCAGGCCGAGGCCACUUGCCCCAUCUGCCUGGAGCUCUUCUCCCAGCCCGUCCUCACCGAGUGCGGCCACAGCUUCUGCCGGCCCUGCCUGCUGGCCGUGCUGGGGACCCCCCCUCGCCCCGGCCCCUGUCCCCAAUGUCGCGCCACCGUAGCCCCCGACUCCCUGCGGCCCAACCGCUCGCUGGCGGCGGUGGCCGGGUUAGCGGAGGCCCUGGGCGAGGAGGCCCGGCAGCCCCGGUGCCCGACCCACGGGGAGGCGCUGGGCCUCUUCUGCCAGAGCUGCCGGCGGCCGCUCUGCCCGCUCUGCCGGGAGGGGGCCCCGCACCGCGACCACCGCGUCCUCCCCGCCGAGGAGGCCGCCCGGGAGCUGCGGGAGACAAUCCAGACCAACCUGGUUUUUCUACAAAAAGAGAAAAAAGAAUUUAAGCCCCAAGGAGAAAAGCAGAGCGAUGGCCUGCUGGAGAAGGUGGCCUUGGAGAAGAAGAGGCUGAGGGACACCUUCAAGGAGCUGCGGCAGUUCCUGCAGGAGCAGGAGGGUCUCCUGCUGGCCCAGCUCGACCAGGCACAUGGGGACCUCACCAAGGAGCGCGGCCAAUAUGUCUCCAGCAUUUCAGAGAGGAAAUCACUGCUGGACACGCUGGUUGUGAAGAUGGAGAAGAAACGUGACCAGCCGGUGGUGGAAUUCCUUAUGGACAUUGACAAAAUCCUGAGCAGCUGUGAGGAGGCAAAGGCCCCGAUCCCGGAGCCGGUGUCCCUGGAGCUGCAGAGGACCGUUAGGAACCUCUCUGAGAUGAGCCAGCUGGUGGUGGGUGCAGUGGGCAAAUUCAAAGUGAACCUGCUGAGAGAGACAGACAGAGAAAGGGUGAAGGUGACGCUGGACCCAGAGACCGCAAGCCCAUACCUGAUCGUCUCGAAGGACCGCAAAACCGUGCGGCUGGGAGAUGGACAGGGAAAACUCCUUGACACCCCCAAGAGAUUCACGGGCAGCCCCAGCGUCCUGGGCUGCCAGGGCUUCACAGCCGGGAGGCAUUACUGGGAGCUGGAGGUAGGGGAUGGGGACAGCUGGGCCGUAGGGGUGGCCUCGGAGUCCGUGCGGAGAAAGGACUCGCUCACCAUGGCCAUGGGGAAGAUCUGGGCCCUGCGGCGGGACUGGAAUCGCCAGUACACGGCGCUCCACAUGCCCCCCACCCCGCUGGCGCUGAAGGAAGAGCCCCGGAGAAUCAGGGUCCACCUGGACUACGAAGCAGGCCAGGUGACGUUCUACAACGUGGAGAACAUGACGGAGAUCUUGCAGUUCAAGGCCUCCUUCACCGAGAAGGUCUUCCCAUACUUUUGGCUCUGGUCACAAGAAUCCUACAUCCAGCUCUGUGCCUGAUGGGGACCCAGGAGCGUCAUGUGAAUCUGGUGGGUGGCAAGGCCCAGGCAGAGGGACACGGCUCAUGGCUCACGCCCUGGAGGUGUGGGAUCCCCUGACCAGGUCUUUACAUCAGACUGAGGACACUGGACCCAAGAGCAGCCGGAGACAGUGGCCUCUGAAGCCACCACAGGGAGGUCCAUCAGAGCACGGCUGGCUCGACGGGAGAGAUCUGC